AUGGAGCACCGACAAGGCAGGGAUGACCAUGAAGGGGUGCAGGUUGUUGGAUUUGAAGUCCCAUCAUCACCAGACUCAAGCUACAGCAACCCUAUCCCUGGAAACAAAGACGAAGCUCGAGAGCCCCCAUUGGUUCCUCCUCACCUACAGCAUAUACUGCUGAGCUUCCCGCCGAGCCAUGACGACGGGAGAAGCCUCCAUCUGCCCUCACCUACUCUAUAUUGCAGCUUGCAGCAUCCGAUGAGAAACCAAGGUCUGCAUCAUGGAGGUCUAAAUGUUAGAGAUAGAUCCUUGGUCGAGGAACUCUUUUCAAACAACAAGAUUCAGGUAUUGAUAUGCACUAGCACACUGGCUUGGGGUGUCAAUCUUCCAUCUCACCUUUUCAUAAUCAAGGGUACUGAAUACUAUGGUGAGAAAACAAAAAGAUAUGUUGAUUAUGUUAUCACAGAUAUUCUGCAAAUGAUGGGUCGUGCAGGCCGACCACAGUAUGACCAACAUGGCAAAGUUGUUAUUCUUGUUCAUGAACCACAGCUUUUAUAA